GCUCCCCCGAAGCGGCUCCUGUGAUCCGGCCGCUCCCUGAGCGCCGCUCGCGCCAUGUCCCUAGCGACCAGCGAGGCGGCCACGGAGGGGGAGCUGGGAGAUGACAGUCUGUCUGCUGUAACCUACGAAUCUGACACAGAGAUGAAACGGAAGAAGAAAACUUCUCAUAAACCCCCAAAGUCACCAAAAUCUCCAUAUAUCUCCAGCACAUACCUGUAUCCUAAAAAGGCUGCAGUUUGGAGGUCCUUGAAGGGAACAGGGAUCAUACACCAUGAAAACCCAAUGGCUAAAACACCAAGGCAGAUGUGGCUAGGAUCUCUGAAGCAAGCAGGUAUGAGCCAGGCCCUGAAAUCAGACUUUGAUGUGGCACAUGCACGAACUAACCUUUCCAGCAGCACUCCAGAAUAUCUAAAGGAAGCUCUAGGCAUGAAAAAGCCAAAGCAUGCUCGUUCUUCUAGCAAUGGCUACAUCCCUGGAACACCUGACUACAAAGAAAAGGAAGAUAUGUAUGAUGAGAUUAUUGAACUGAAGAAGACAAUACAGGUUCAGAAAAGUGAGGGGGAUCGGAUGAAAACAAAGAUCCGACGACUGGAGAAGGAGAAUAACAGGAAGGAUCGACAAAUUGAGCAGCUGUUGGAUCCUUCCAGGGGCUCUGAUUUUGCCCAGACUUUGGCAGAGAAGAACGAUACUAGAUGGGUAAUCAAUGGGCUGAAGCAGAAGAUUCUCAAGCUGGAACAGCAAUGCAAAGAGAAAGACAACACUAUCAAUAAAUUCCAGACAGAUGUGAAGACCACUAAUUUGGAAGAGAUGAGGAUUGCUAUGGAGACCUACUAUGAGGAGAUUCAUCGUCUCCAAACCCUGCUGGCAAAAUCUGAGGCUGUGGGGAAAAAAUCCCUUCCAGAGAGCAGAGAAUCCCAGAAACGGCUGAAGGUGCUGAAUGCUGCUGUUCUGCGAUUAUCCAAGAACAUCAAAGAGCUGCAAGAUGAAAAUAAGAGCCUGAAAGCAGAUCUAGACCGAGUGCUGAGCAGUUCCCCUGCUUCCAGCAAAACAAAAAAUUACAAUGAGUGGAGCAGACAGAGGCUGAUGAGACGGAUUUCAGAACUGGAAAAAGAAGUGCAUGAGAUGGAGAACAACAGAUUGCAGUCAUCAGCUAAUGGCACAUCACCAUUGCUUGCUCUGCCACCUUCAGCUUCUGUACAACUGGAUCAGCCAGACACUCAAGAACCUGACCCCCUUGAAGAAUGUGAGCAUCUCCGAGGGCUGGUGAAGAAACUGAAAGGUGAUAGGAGCGCACUUCAAAAUCAACUGGCCAGUAAAUAUUCAGAGGUGAAGCAAUUACAGCAAGCAAAGACUGAAUUGGAGCGGGAACUGCAAAAGCUGCAGGAGAUGGAGAAAGAAAAGAGUGAAAAAGAGGAGACUUUGAGGGAGGAAAUCCAGAACCUUACACACAAAGUGAGAGAACUGGAGGCGGAACUACAUGAAGACAAGAGACAAACUGCAGAUGAUACCAUGGAAACGCCAAACAAGCCUUCAUGUGCCCGCUUUCAUCAGGGCAAAGAAGACAACAGGAAGGAGCAAGCAGCCAAACUCAUCCAGAGCCAGUGGAAGGCAUACAGAAACAAGAAAGAAGAAAUUGCUCUGGAUCAGGCGGCUGUUGUGAUUCAGGCAGCUUUCAGGGGACAUUUAGCUCGGCAGAAAUUGUUAUUGAAUAACACACUCAGUCAAAAAUCUCCCACCAUGCAUAGCCUUGGAAAUAAGGUAACUGUUGGGGGCCCCAACAUGUCUCACGGGUCCAGCUCUUUGAGCUUGUCUUCUGACUUCAAGGAGGAUGAGGAGGUUGUGACAUUCAUCCAAUCAGUUUUCCGGGCUCACUUAGCACGUAAAGGACAACAUGAGGAAAGGCCCUCUGUCUCCAGAGCUUCAAGUGAAAGAACAUUCCCUGCUGUUUCCAAUAGGAAGAAGAAACCAAUCUCAUCAUCACUCAGGAAACCUUUAUCUUCAGCCUUCACAUCAACCUCUCCUGAUGAUGAAGACAGUGAAGUGACCAGUGAAGAAGUUGUGGAGGAACUUACUGCUGAAGGGAGAGAGAGGAGAUCAAGGGAACACAAACUUUCCUCCUUGCAGCCCUCUUCUGUCUUGUCCUCCCAGGACCAGUUGCAGCCCACAUUCUCUCCGCCUUUGGAUGAGGCUCACUCAGACGAUUCGGAUGAUAAUGUAGUCUCUCCAUCCCUGCUGGUGAAGAAAAAUUACUCCCACUUCUAG